AUGUUCGCUUCAGGCGAGUUUAAACCUGUUACUGACGCGGCUGUUACUGACGUGGCUGUCACUGACGUGGCUGUUACUGACGUGGCUGUUACUGACGUGGCUGUUACUGACGUGGCUGUAACUGACGUGGCUGUUACUGACGUGGCUGUUACUGACGUGGUUGUUACUGACGUGGCUGUUACUGACGCGGCUGUUACUGACGUGGUUGUUACUGACGUGGUUGUUACUGACGUGGCUGUUACUGACGCGGCUGCUACUGACGUGGCUGUUACUGACGUGGCUGUUACUGACGCGGCUGUUACUGACGCGGCUGUUACUGACGCGGCUGUUACUGACGUGGCUGUUACUGACGUGGCUGUUACUGACGCGGCUGUUACUGACGCGGCUGUUACUGACGCGGCUGUUACUGACGCGGCUGUUACUGACGCGGCUGUUACUGACGUGGCUGUUACUGACGUGGCUGUUACUGACGUGGCUGUUACUGACGCGGCUGUUACUGACGCGGCUGUUACUGACGCGGCUGUUACUGACGUGGCUGUUACUGACGUGGCUGUUACUGACGUGGCUGUUACUGACGCGGCUGUUACUGACGCGGCUGUUACUGACGUGGCUGUUACUGACGUGGCUGUUACUGACGUGGCUGUUACUGACGCGGCUGUUACUGACGUGGCUGUUACUGACGUGGCUGUUUCUGACGCGGCUGUUACUGACGUGGCUGUUACUGACGUGGCUGUUACUGACGUGGCUGUUACUGACGUGGCUGUUACUGACCUUGAGUUUGACGGCCAAGAAGGACGGUAUUCAGCCGACUCGCUCACGUGUCGCCAGUAG